AUGUAUUUAAAUUGUUUAAUUUUAAUAGUUUUAUAUAUUUUACUCACACAAUUAUUGCCAUUUUUUAAACGCCUAUCGCGUACUAGGCAAUUGUCUAAACAAUUUGUCAUACCCAAAACUAUACCAAUUUUAGGUAAUGCCCACAUGUUGGUGGGCGUUAAACCGGAACACAUUAUCUAUGUUAUACGUGAUAUUAUCGAUGAUUGUGGCAAAACGGUGGGCUUUUGGUUUGGUCCAUUUAUUUUUGGUGUUUUUAUGAUGGACAUUAAAUAUGCUGAAUGUGUUUUAAGUUCCAAUACUUUGUUGGUCAAAUCGAUGGAAUAUGAUUUUCUAAGGAAUUGGUUGUGUGAAGGUCUGCUUAUAAGUAGACCACCGAAAUGGUUUAAACGUAGACGCAUAUUAACUGGUGCUUUUCAUUUUAAUAUCUUGGAACAAUACAUUGAGAUUUUUGAUCGUAAUACGAGAGUUUUUCUGAAAAAUCUACAGCGAUCGGCAGAGGUCAAAGGCGAUAUUGUGAAUAUGGAUCAUUGGCUGAAUCUAGUGACUCUGGAUAUUAUUUGUGGUGCGUAG